AUGUCAGGAUUGAGAAAGAAGUUCAAUGAAGAAUUAUCUGAAUUUAGAACUGCAUAUGACAUGCUAGAUCAUAUUGACUCUGUACAUGCCCCAGAAGGUUAUCUAGUCUUUUUUGAUGAGGUGGAUAGAUUAUGCGAAAAGGACAACAGUAUCAAACCUUUGGAAACACUAUUUAAUACAGUUGCACCUCUUGUAGUUGGUAAGCGAAGCUCAGUCAUUGUGAGUGGCCACUCACCUAUUCAAUAUCAACUACAAACAGACAGAUCUCCAUCUGACUAUCAAAUGGUAUUUCUACCUUCAAUGGAUGAUGAAAAGUUAAAGCUAAUUCUGGAGUGUACAGUAGUCAAUCUUGGUGGCAAACACACAUCGUUAUCACAUGUAUUGUCAUUAUUAGGUUUGAAGGACGAACCAAAGUUUAUCACUUUGCUAAAGGAAUAUGCUGGAACUGUGCCAAGAAUUAUGAGAAAUUCAAUUUGCUAUAUUUUAUCAAAUCAAACAAGAUUGGAAACAACUGAAAAGAUUGAAGCUGUGUUGAACAAUAGAGCAUGGCAAAAAUCAACAGAUGUUACCAUUCAGAUUGGAGGAACAAGCUGUAUUGGUGUCUAA